AUGCGGGCUUGGUCGUUCUUCCUCCAUAGAUUCGAAAACGCUGAUACUCGGCCUCUUACUAGAUUACCAGCGUAUCCGGAUCAGAACGACCAAACUCGCAUACUCAAAGAUUCCGACGUCCGUGUGUUAUUCGGCCUCGCAGGAACAAUAGCCUUUAUCAGAGUAUUUCUGAGGAUUAGGCUUCACCAGAGUAGGUUCUUAAGAGGAUUCAGUUCACCCAAGUCAGGUGGUCUGAGGCAGUUCGUUUCUGCCACCUCUUAUAAUGCUAAAAUCUAA